UAUCACACUGAUAACGAUGAAUGUUAAAAAAUAAAGUAAAUCUAUAAUCGGAACCAAUUGUAACAUUUAUUCUUGCAUUUUGUGCUUGUAUUCUGUUCGCGUUCUCACCAAAGUUCAUUCAAAAUGUUUGUUUUUUCGGGUUUUUCGGUUUAAUUCGCGAUUGGUAAGAUACGUUAUAAUGAAUUUCUUAAUAAAUCCCAUCAUGAGCUUACUAAAAGCUCCCAGUGCCAUGAUUUCGAAUCGAGUGGCGAAUGUGAAGCUCAAAGUGAAUCAAGGCGUCGAUAAUGCCUUCGAGCAUGCCUUCAGAGGAGGCAUGUUUUCCUUGAUAAUGCUGACACUGGUAUGGAUAUCGGUAUUUAUUUACGUCGUUUUUUAUUACGCCUAUGUGCCAGCUCCAUCGUACAUGAGACCAGUACAUUUACAAGUCGAACCCUGUGAAGAUCUCACUAAAGAGUGUACUUAUCCUUCCGCUCAUGUUCGGUUAACUCGGCGGCAGCAAUUGCUUAUGAUGGGUCAGCCGUAUAAAUUUUAUGUACACCUCGAGAUGCCGGAAUCGCCGAUCAACAAGCAGCUUGAUUCGACAGGUAUGUUUAUGGUUUGCAUCCAGUUGACGGAUCGAAAAGGUUUUUUAACGUCGCAAGCAUGUCGCUCCAAUAUGCUUCAUUACGAAAGUGACUUACUCAACCAAGUAAAAGUAAUAUUGCUCUCGCCCUUUUACGUGUUCGGUGCAAAAGAGGAAAAGCAGACGUUAGUUUUUGAAUUGUUCUCCGAUUUCGAAGAAGAUCAGAAUCAUCCCGUUACCGAUGUCUACGUCGAAGUACAAGCUCGUAACAUUGAAAUAUAUUACGCUUCGUUGCUAAUAAACGCUCAUCUGUCUGGAAUGCGUUACUUCAUGUACCACUGGCCGGUCACUUCUUCUAUUUUGGGAAUUUCAUUCAAUCUAUGCAUCGUUUUCUUCACAACGACGUUGUCGUUUUAUAAUCGUUUCUUCGUCGAUACAGCCGCUGUCAAAGCUGUUCGUGCGUUAUCUAAGAAGUUCGAGGAUAAAAAAGACCGUUUUGAUGAUAUGUUUUCCAAGCCAGAUUCGAGCGGAGUAAGUGAGCCGAAGUCCGAAGAACGGCGAGAUAAAGACGGAACGGACGAGUCAUCGGAAUAUUAUCUGGAUUAAAAGACCUGUGUAAUUAAAAAACCAUUCGACUUCAUGUUUUUUUCAUCAACGGGGAUUUGUAUGAUUUUAUGUGGUCAGCGUUUCAAACGCGGUAUUUCUUCGUUCUACUAAAAAUCAACAAUACUUUUACGCUGAAUGCCAGCCGUGUUGAUAAACUUUAAGAUGUAUUAUUUUUAUCAUCCUCGAAGGGUACGGGUUGGUUUUUAAAAAAGGGGGAGGGGGGUGCACUUAUUUAAAAAAAUCAAUGGAUUUUCAUGUGUGAACGUAAAGCGUAAGCUUAUUUUUCUCGACUUUUAUUUGGUGGAAUUUGGAGAUUAAAGGAGGCAGUCGACUCACAUUUCUGGUUGGGUACUUAUGUUUCUAUGUUGAAUUUAAGUUUGAAUUGAGAGCUAUAUUUUUACGAAUGUUAUCUUAGUAGAUCUAAGAUGUACUUAUACAUAUCAUUGAUCAUAGGGAAAGUCCCACUUGGGAAUUUCACACAUACACUGUUCAAAAAUCGAAACUUCCUAAUCUUUUUCCAUCAUCAAACAAAAAAUUCUCAUUUUAUUUCAACAAAGUUUAAAAUAAUUCAAAAAAUUAUCUCCUCCAAUAUAAUGACCACAACAAUCUUUGAUAAUAUCACAGUUUUGGUUUAAAGCUGAGUAAGUGGUCUUCAGUGGAAACCAAACGACUCAUUUGAACAUUCACUUUUCUUCUCUUUCAAUAAUUUUUCAAAUAACGAGUAGAAAAGAGGAAAUUAUUUGAGCUCUCUAUAUUAUCUCUUGAUGGGUUGAUGCCCCUAAAGUUUCAAUUCUCAACUGCCCCUUACACUGUAAGAUGUACUUAAUACUUAUACAUAUUUAGAUAACUUCUUUCAUACUUCCUAUAGAUAGGAAGAUUUAUGGUUACUAAUUGCCUCCAUGCGAUACUUACUUAUCGUUCAUUUUUUCUUCACUAGAUUUGGAGAAAGGGUAGAAUGAAAAUUGUGCAAAUACAAAUACUUGUCCCUGUUUAACACAUCAACUCCGAUUCAGCUGAUAUUUGGCUCAUUGAGAGAGCAUGACAUUCAUACCUCAGAACCAAAUUUUGAACCGCUAAAGUUAAUUUUCAGAGUUUUGGCGAAUUUUUAAAAAUAGUUGAAAUAAUCUAUUGAUACUUGAUAUUCAGAUGAAAAUAAAAUGAUUGGUGUUUAUACAUAAGUCGAUUCCUCGAAUUGAUUGCUACCAUUUUCGAACCGAUUUAGAGCCUCCAGCAUAAAUUGAAUUGUCGCUGUCGAUUUUGAAUUGAUCCAGAAGGCGUUGUAUCGAUUAUCUUCGACAACUGAAAAUUCAAGUAUUUAUGAAGUUCGACAUUUCAAAUCUGUCAUACAUGAUUGAAUUUUCAGUUGUCGAAGUUGAUUGCAACGUUUCUUUGAGCAAUUCAAAAUUAUUGGAGAGAAGUCAACUUUCACUGAAAGCUCCAAAUAAACCCAAAAAUGGUGACAAUCGAUUAGAGUGAGGGGGGCGACUUCAGUGUAUAAUUCAAUUUUUUGAUUUUCUUCUCCAUUACUCUUUUUUCUUAAAAAAAUUUGAAUGAAUUCAUCAACUAAUUCUCCAUUUCUGCUUUUUUCAAAAAUUCGCCAAGAAUCUAAUAAUCAACUUUGGUGGCUCAAAAUUAAAAUCUAAGAUAUGAGCAACAUGUUCUCUCAUGAGCCGAAUUUCAACUCUAGCAAAGUUGUCAAGUUUUAAAAAUUUUCUUGUGAGCAAUUAAGCAAUUUAUUUUGGGAUUUAUAUUGAAUUGUGAUUUUUAAAUAUUUCACUUAUGAAAUAGAUACCAGUUACCUACCCAGUUAUUUAUAAUUUUCACUUUGUUGCACCAUGAAGGCAUGAACUGGCAUUCCUCUAUACUUAUUUUUAGAACACUUACCUAUUUUUCUUUUGUUUUGUAUUGUUGAAUUAAAUGUUAUCGUUUUUUU